GCAACCCUCAAACAAAUAUGGCCGCAAUGUGAUGGUUAGAUGUUGAGCUUACUAUUGUAAAAGACUCGCAGGAUGUCUAAAGCUGGAAAAAGAGUCAAAAGCGGUUCCGGACAAGGUGGAGCGAAAUGGGAACAAGCGCUUUUAUCAGCACAAUUUGAUGAGGAAAACUGGAAGGCCAAUAUCACUUUUGUUGUUGGGAAUAAAGUUGAUGACUACACAUGGAUAGACAUAUUAGGAUCGACUAUUGCCAGUGGACCUCGGAAGUUAUUCAGUGUUAUAUCAAGACAGAAACUUGAAGAGGAGGUAAGAGAACUAGGUAAUCCUAAAGGCAAGAAGCCCAAAGAUGUCCCACAGCACUAUGAAGUUACAGAGCCUUGUAAGAUCCACCUGGACAACAAUGAAGACAUUCCAUUUCCUUUGUUAGCUCGACUUAUCAAAUACAAAUUACUGGCAAUCAAAACCGCAGACAUCAAGAGGCGUGAAACUGAAAAGAAGGCAUCACUUGAUAAAGACAAGGCCCGGAAAGGAUCAGGUGGUAAGGGCGGUAAAGAAAGGGGAAAGUCACCACCAAAAGGUAAAGGGGGUAAAAAAACACCAGAGCCCCCAGCAGCAAAGGAGGGUAGUAAACUGAGAAAGAGAGGAGAGGAAGACGAUGAAGGGAAGUAUAUUGAUGAUGAGCCAGAUGAUGGUGCCCAACACUAUAUCAUUGUAUAUGGAUACAACAGCCCACACCUAAUUACACAACUGGGUGAGCUGAGCAUCAAUAUAGACUCCGUCCUCAGGAUGUCCUCUCAGGACUACACAAGAUUUGUGGUCAAGGACGAUGUCCCAGCGGUAGAAAAGGAUGAAAAGACUCAAGGCAAAGACAAAGCUGCCCAGAAAGCCGUGCUGGAGGAGGUUGAACGGGCCACCAAACUUAAGAUAAAGAAAGAACUCCAGGAGUUUUGGAGAGAUGUCCUGCUGGUGUUACAGAAACAGGCUGAUGGUUCUCGCCUCCAUGACAUCGCUCGUCAGGAGUAUGAGGUGAAGAAUCUUCUGAUACCAGAAGAUCUUGAAGAUGCUGAACAGAAGAAUGUGUUUGGCCUGGCUAUGUUUGAAGAUGUAGCUUGCAUGAUCUAUGACCUGAUUGAUUCUCGUCGUCAUUACAAGAACUACCUGGAAAAUCUCAGGUUACUUCAUGUGCCGAUGUUUGGUCAGGCAACACCUCCUGCACAGGAGGAGCGCCCUGCAGUGUCCGGUGCUCCCACCCCAUCUGCCCAACAACCCCCUGCACCCAGUGUACCCUCUAUCCACCCAGACAUGCUAGAGGUUGCCCCCCAGGUGGACAUGAGGUUCUACAAUGACUUGAUGAGUUGUGUGCCCCAGGAGAGUGUCAGUGUGUCGCUCAUCAUGCAUGCCAUGUUAGAUCAGGUGGUGGCAACAGAAGAGAAUAAUGACCCCCCUAGUGAACAGCUCCCUCCCAAGAGACAGGAUGGCCUCAAUUCUGAGCUUGCCACUCAUAUCAGUGGCCUGGCUUUCAAACUUGCCCUUUCUGAGGAUGAACAAAAGAUACUGUCUGAUGUAUUUGAUACUGAGGAACAACCCCCAGAAACACCAGGGCAGCCAUUGCUAAUGAAUUACCAUGACAAAAUAUCGGCCAGGACCAACCACCUUAAAAAGAUCUUCAAUUUUAACCCAGAAGUAGUAGAGAAAGACAUGUUGAAGCGUCUACCAUUUGCAUCACUGACACACAUUCCCCGACCGGGGUCUCGCAUUGCAAGGGAGCGAGCAGCCAGACUCCAGGAACUGAUACACUUCUGUGCAACUGGAGGAUUGUCACAAUCAGAGAUUGACCGUGCCUUCAAACAGUUUGUAUUUGAGAGUAUGGACCUUGCUAGUACAGAUCCCAAUGGGUUUAUCAUCACACGUGAUAGUGAAGGAGUGGAACACUCAGCCAUCCCUUGGGACGACCCCUACCCGUUUUUUAAGGGCAUGAUUCCCACCCAUCUGAAGGGGGUUAAGGAUGAGGUAGAUGUCCGGUCCUCAAGAUCAGUCACUAUCAAUUUGAUCCCAUGGAGUUUUAGCGGGUUAUCAGACCUGAUAGAUUAUUCUCUGCCUGGUACACCUUCACCUCCCCCUGAACCAUCCAGUGCCCUGAAGGGGGCAGCACCUGAAUUCCAGAAGUCUGUCCGUGAACCUGAACCGCAGGCUCAGCCGGUAGACAAUCGCGCUGCUGAGAACAAGUUACACCAGUCUAGAUCUAGGACGAAAAAGAACAAAACUGCAAUGUCUCCAACAACAUCAAAGAGUGUGAAGACCGAGGAAAAAUCUGUGUCCAUUGAGGAUCAGAGGGAAGGCUCUAGACCUUCAAGUACAGACAGCAAAAAAGGCAUACUGCGACCUCCAUCAAGGUCAAGGUCAAGCUCUGGUGGCCACAGAUCAAGGAGUAACUCAGUACACUUUGAGAAGGAUGAGGAAGGUAAACCUAUACGUCACUAUGAGGAGGAGGACGAGCUGGAUGUCGUGGAGACGGAGCCAGACAAGACCACAGAGGAGAGUCUCAUGGAAAUUGUGGAUGCCCAGAAACGCAACCUUGACCAGUGGUGUUUCGCUGAGCACUAUGAACCCAAUGUCCUAUUACAGGUCAUCAGAGAAGCAUCCUUCUUACUUCCGUUCAUGGAUAUGUACUACCACAAGAGAGACAACUCAUUGAUGUUGGUCCUCCACAAUCCGUCCAGUCUGGAGCUUCAGAACCAUGUUGACUGGCACACUGAGCUUCACUGCAAUCUGGGAUUCAGAAAUUACAUGGAAUGUGUGGCUGAGUCAAUAGCAGAUUGGAACCAGGAAGAGGAAGCCAAGUAUCAGGCUGUCCUCCUCUCAAAGGAGCUGGUGAAGAUGAGGGAUGACGAGGAGGCAAGCAUCAAGUCUGCUGAGAAGGCCAAGGGCCGCAAGUCUCCCCGCAAAUCACCAAGCCGGUCAAAAAGUCCCGGUAAAAACUCUCGUUCCAGUAGUCAGGAACGUCCUUCAUCAGCUACCAGUAACAUGUUUGUCAGAGCUAACUCUCUCAAGGCCUGGAAGGAGGAGCAAGAUAGAAUGAAGGCGGAAGAAGAGGAGAAAGAGCGAGAAAAGAGUGCAAAACGUGUUAAAUCAGGCAAAAAGGCUGAAAAGGAAAAGGAGGACAAGAAAGCGCCAGGAUCAAGGGCCAGUGCUAAGUCUAAGACAUCUGCCAAGGAGCCAACAGAUGAGCAGCCAAAGGAGGAUGGUGAUGUUGCCCCUGUGGAGGAGAAAUACUGGCCUUUUACGGGGUAUGAUGUGGGUAACAAGCUUAUCCAUGUGGCGGGAAUGACCACCACCCUGUUUCCCUCGGACGGCGGUCAGAUCAGGACAGAGAAGCUGGAGUUCACACAGGGCACCAACUCUGUGAAGACAUCUGUGUUGAAGGAUGGCCAUGUGUUCUGUGUACAUGUCAUUGACCCAAAGGAGGGUGAAGAGGACAGCGAGGAGGAGAAUGAAGAAAACAAGGAUGAGGUGGAGAAGUCAGAACAUGAGAAAUCUGAGAAGGACCAAGGAGAUAAGAUGACAAAAGAUGGUGAUGCUGGGAGUACUGCCAGAAGUAAUUCUGCCAGAUCUGAGGAGAAGAAAACAAAAUCAGUCAGUGCUUUUGGCUGCAUAACUGCUAAUCUGCAGGAUGGGAUGACACUGUCACUAAGUCAGUUUGGUCCAACAGGAGUUUCUGAGGAUGGUAAGAAGUAUGAGCCAAAGGUCUAUGUGCCACCACCCACCACUCCCAGUCCUGUGCCACCACCUUCACCAACAAAGAGUAAGAAGGGAGACAAGGGUAAGGGUGCGCCAACUCCCGAAGCUCCUCCUCCAGUCACGCCCCAAGAAACAGAGAAGGAAGAGGAUCAGGAGGAGAAGAAGGAUGAAGAAAAACCUGUGCUUCAGCCAUUCCAGCAGUUAUAUGUGAGCUCACCUGAUGGCCUCAGUGUGAAGUACCUUCUGGAGAGCUCUGUUGGUAUGAAGCCCUUGUCUGAUGAUGACCGCCGUCUGCUCAUUAAACAAAGUUAUCCCUUUAAGACACGGGGUGAGCAACCAUGUGAGGCCAAGCGUAGGAAGUAUGCCUUGUCUGAACAGUCUCGCAUCAUCACAUCAGAAGGCACAGUUGUCAAAAACAUGAUGGAUGGGUCAAUCGAGGUGCUGUAUGCUGAUGGCACAGUUAGUGUCCACACUGGUCCAUGGGCUAGCAAGCGGAGUGGCAGCAGUUCACCACAGAGAGCAGGAAGUGCUCGUAGUCAGACUGGAGAAAGGGCAGAAACACCGACCAAGAAGGCAGCAGUAAGUGCUAAGGGAAAGGCCAGCAAAUCCCAGGAUAAGAUAGCGGAGCAGGCUCCAGAGGAGGAUGUGCCAGAGGUUAAGGGAACCUGGGUUACCACAUAUCCUAAUGGGGAGAAAGUGGCCUGUAAAAGUGAUGGAAACAUGGAGGAACUCAAAUCAGUGAUGAUCAGCUUGGCGUCUGACCCCCAGACAAGUCAGUCCAUGGCAACAAGAGAUGACCAUGUGAUCACCAUCAGUUACCCAGAUGGUACAACAAUCAUAGAGCAUGCCGAUGGUACAAGGAUUACGACCUACUACAAGGAGAACCAGAUAUCUACUGGGGAGGAGGAGUAUGAAGACAAUGACAUAAAAGAAUUUGAAACCCAAACAGUGAAGUUUGUGAAGGUGGAAUGUCCUGCUUAUGCUACAGUAGAAUUCAAUUGUUUAACAAGUGAGAAUUUGACCAUAUUUGGUAAUGGUACGACCAUCAACGUAUUCCCGGACGGAUACUACAUGUUACACCAGCAUGAUGGGGGACGAGUAGAGGUAGACAUGGAAGGCACCCUCACCUACUACCCUCGUCCAAUCAGGAACAUGGAACAGCUCCUCCCCGAGAGAGAACUACAGUACAUCCUCUGUCACAAUGCAGAUGUGGUUGUAGAAACUGUUGACUCAGAUGGCAAUGUAUUUAACGUGAAAAGUAAUGGGGACUUCACUGUGAUUCCUGUAAAUGGUGAUGCACUUUCUGAAUCUAGUAUGGACGAAAAUAAAAUUGAUAAAAAAUUGACCACUUAUAGAGAACAUGCUCCACGAUUUUUUAUUCUCCAUUCAGAUGGAAGUGGUACUGAAUUGUUACGGUACCAGGAUGUUGCAGAAUAUAUAAACACAGCAGAACAUAGUCCUGCAACUGCAGUGCUUAAAGAUGACCUUCCAGAUUAUCCAGGGGUCCAAGGAAUCACCAUUCUCAAACCAUAUCUUGGAGGUCCGUCUGAAAAAUUCUUUAAGAAAUAUGACCAAGAGUCCAUCAUUCCUCCAGGCAUACGUUGCCGAGAUCUGACAACUCUUCCUCCAAAGGAAUUUAAAACUCCUGGACCAGGCUAUGGAAAAAACGUAGGACAGGGACUGUCUGUGGGAGCAGCAGUAAGACAGCCAAUCAGAAUUCCCAUUCUAAAGUGUCCGAAUAUUCUAGAACUAAGACAACUUAUACAGUAUAAACCUGUGUCAGGAUCCCUCAGAGAAAGCCUGCAGGCAGGUGUUAAGGAGUAUGCCGAGUUUGUGACAGAAAGAAACAAGGUCACUAACAUGAUGCAGGUAGUAGAUCCAAGGACAGAUGAGGAAAGGAUACAUGCUGCAGAUCUGACAGAGAUUGGACUACAGACAGCUCAGCGGGAACUCCCACAGUAUGAGCCAGCCAACAUCAAAGGCAUCUAUGAGAAAGUGACAGCACCCCCUGUACCAAGUCCUCCACCAACACCCCAGCCCAAACGUACAAUGGCUGACUGGGAGAGGGACCAGAGAGAGAUGAACCAGGAAAUGGAUGGCCGGGAUGCUCUCAGGAAGAAGAGGAUCCCUACCUACUUUGAUAGUGAAUUUGGGAAAGCCUUCCUCCUCACACAGGCUAAGGAUGUGGACGAGAUUCUACAACAGUUGUCUGAGGAUCCAAGGAAGGAUGGUACGGAAGCUGUCCGUGGAAAUUCCUCCAGUCAGAGUAACAAUCCCCAGCAAAUCUCUCCUGACACCAGUGCUUACCCAGCAAGAUCUGUAGCAGCAGUGACCUCUGUCCAGAGUGAUCGGUCAAGCACAUCACCUGUGGACACACUCCACCCAAAGCAAGUCUCAGAUACACCUAUAUCAUAUGCAGUGUAUGCAGAAACUGUUCCGUCCCGUGGAGGUAUCCGUCCAGGGAAUCCAACUCCAGCUCAUGCUACAGGUCAAGGCUCCCCAGCUCCACUUCGUCCAGAUAAUCCCACUCCUGGGCAUGCUGUCAAAACCAGCACUGGCCGACCAUAUAAUCCUACUCCAAAACAUGCUGGUGGUCAGAUAGACUCGCCCUCUGACUUGCCCUCACAGCUUGACUAUCCAGCCAUCAUCAUGGAGCAGCCACUGGAGGAGGAAGAUUAUUCAGCUGGUGAGGUUCCAGAGGGAGAGAAUGAAUUAAUCCUAACACGAAGCUUAAAGAUGGAUGUGACAGGCCGACCUAGGAAGGAGGCUGUGGUGCUCCCUAGGGGUAUCAAGGGAGGACGUCCAGGGGCUAUCCCCAACACCAAGUACAAGACUGUUGAAGUGAGUGUACGACGGAAGGUGAAUACAUCUGUGACAGCAGGAGCAUCGGUCCCAUCUCAAGUCCAGCUGGAGAGGAUGAGGGGUCUAAUUCUACUGCCCGAGGAGAUAGAUUUUGGAGUCCUGAGAGAGGGCAACACCUACAUCUGUACUGUCUGUCUGAAGAACACAGGUGUGGAUUCUUGUCGCUUUAAAAUCAGACAGCCUCCUCCUGCUACUGGCCUUAGAAUCAACUACAAACUAGGACCGAUUGCAGCUGGGAUGAAGACUGACUUGGAGUGUGAACUGUAUGCUAUCGCCGUCGGAGUGGAGGGAGAGUCCGGGGUUGGCUCAAUCAGACAUGACCUAGAGAUUGUCACAGAAACUGACAUACUCUUCCUUCCCAUCACAGCAACUGUUUUGACUGCCGAUGCUUACGACAAUAGGAGUCCCAACAGUCCCCAAGGAGGGAAGUCCCCUGGCACGCGGCUAGUUUCUACCCGUCCUCCACAGAGUACAGGCAUCAUUAGACCCAGGAAAAACCCCUUCCCAGGUCCACCCCAGCCAGAUUCAACAUAUGUGCGAUAAAGUUGAGAAUGUGUACAGAAAACUAUUUAUAAUUUGCACACAUGAAAACUUGGUUUGUGAAGAGACCCAAUCAUUGUUUUAAAUCUGUGAUAUGUUUCUUUUUGUAUGUACAUCUACCAAAAAAGUCUCGUCAAACUUAGCUGGUAUGUUAUACAGCUGUAAUGGUUUGUUUCAUUAAUAAAUAACUGUGAUAUCUUCAUUGCAAUUUUAUUCUGUUCUUUUUAACUUCUCUUCUCCUAUGGAUGCUAAUAUGGACACGCUGCAACUAAGGCAUACAGGCUUAUUCCACCCAUUAGAUUUAUACAUGGUUAACAUUCCCGCCAAAGACAAGCAUUGAUAUCAGUUUAUUUUGGUAAUACAAUGUGUGCACAUUUGCUGCCAUCUUGUGGAUUUGUGAUUUUUUAAAAAUUGUACAGAAUGAUGUGAUUAGUACCCUGUAACACUAUCAUUUGUAUAUUUUGUAUAGAUCAUAUUUAUGUAAAUUUUGUGAAGAUAAAUAAAUACAUGUAUAUCA